AUGUCUCCUGACGUCCGACUCGACCUCGUUUCCUGGCUGAGCCGGAUCGUCCUGCUCUUCGCUUGCUUAUCUCACGCCUUCUACAUUCCAGGCUACUCAAUACGAAGCUAUCAGGACAAUGACAAUAUUCCUCUCCUCGUGAACAAGGUCUACUCGGACAAAAGUCAGCUGCAAUACGCCUACUUUGACCUCCCUUUUGUCUGCCCUCCCACUGGCCAGAAGCACCAUGGCUCGUCGCACGCGAGUGGACACAGCAUCCCCCUCAAUCUCGGCGAAGUUCUACGGGGCGACAGGAUCAAGACGUCGGACAUUGAGGUGGACAUGGGUCAAGAUGUGGACUGCCAAUAUCUGUGCGAUCGAGUCGUCAGUCGGACGGACAUGGAAUGGGCAAAGGAACUCAUAAAAGAAGAGUAUGUCACGGAAUGGAUCCUCGACAACCUCCCCGGCGCCACGUCCUUUGUCACGGUCGAUCGGAGUCGGAAAUACUACGCAGCUGGCUUCAAGAUGGGCUACAAGGACUUUGACCUCGCAACCGGAAAGCCAAAGUACUUCUACUACAACCACUAUACUCUCGUCGUUCGCUGGCGCCCAGCUCCCGGGACAGCAGGCGACAAGGGCGCGAAAGUUAUUGUUGGCUUCGAGGUCUACCCCAAGAGUAUCUCGGCCGGCCAUCGUAACGAAACGGGCUGUCCUCGCGACGUGACAGGAGAUCAAGAGCCCCUGGCCCUCUACAUGCCCAGCAACACCAGCAGCUUGCGAGAGCAGUUCCCCGAUUCCUCUUAUGUGCCAGAAGAGGAGAUUGACACGAGCGAUAAUGCUACCCUGACCAUUCCCUACACAUACUCGGUUUAUUUCCGCGAAGAUAAAGAGGUGGAGUGGGCGAGCAGAUGGGAUUUGUACUUCAGUGACCAGGCUGAUAGUAAAUUCACCCACUGGCUUGCAAUUGUCAAUUCCCUCAUCAUCUCUGGCAUCCUGGGCGCCGUGUGCGUCGUGAUUUGGGGGCGAACCAUGCAAGGCGACAUCAAGGGUCGUGGAGAUGGGGUGCUCGAGGAAGCCAGACUGCGCAUUGGCAAGAGAAGCGACAAGAAGAAGUCGACCAACGGUCUUCUUGAAAAGUUGACUGACGCUGGCCCCGACGAAGAAUUGUCUUCGGACGAAGAGCCUCUCGAGGAGAUCACUGGCUGGAAAUUGCUGCAUGGCGACGUGUUUCGACCACCUCCGUAUGGCGGACUCCUUGCUCCCCUGAUCGGCUCGGGAAUGCAGCUCGUCUUUGUAGUGGUUGGGCUUUUGUCGCUGAGCUGCGCUGGCGUCAUCAACCCGAGCUGGCGCGGCGGAUUCUGGAGUGUUGGCAUUGGUCUAUUCGUGGUUGCCGGUACCUUCUCGGGGUACUUUUCCGGACGGGUAUACAAGACCUUUGGAGGACAAAAUUGGCGCAAGAACACAAUGAUGACUGCGUUGCUCUUCCCUGGCCUUGUCUUCAGUCUCGUCUUUGUGCUCAACCUCUUUUGCUGGGCACAGGCUUCUUCAACCGCGCUCCCGUUUACCACACUCAUGGGUCUGGCCUGUUUGUGGCUCCUUAUUCAGCUUCCCCUGGUUCAUCUCGGUUCGUACUGGGGAUAUUAUCGGUCCUCAGCAUGGGAACACCCAACGCGGACCAACGCUAUACCUCGACAAAUCCCUGCCCAAGCAUGGUAUGCCAAACACCAAAUUGGACUUAUCCUGGGGGCCGGGCUCGCAUCCUUUGCGGUCCUCUUUAUUGAACUCAUCUUUGUCUUCAAGUCACUCUACCUCGACAAAUCAUCCUACUAUUAUGUCUUUGGCUUUCUGAGCAUCAUUUCGGCGCUUCUCUCGGUCACGAUUGCCGAGACUGUAAUCAUUACAACUUACAUACAACUUUGUGCGGAGAACUACCAAUGGUGGUGGCAGUCCUUUUUCGUGGGCGGCUCGUCUGGAUUUUGGAUUUUUGUUUACUCGGUGUGGUACUAUGCCACCAGGCUGCAUAUUGAUGGAUUCGUGAGCAGCCUCUUGUUUUUCAGCUACACCACUCUGGCGUGCGCUGUUUAUUCAUUGGCAACGGGAACGAUAGGGUUCUUGACGGCAUACAUGUUCGUUCGAAGGAUAUACAGCGACGUCAAGGUGGACUGA